CUGGCUCGCCGUCACCUACCCGGAAGCGGCGAGGAGGGCAAUGGGGACGGUGGCCGUGUGAGACUGUUUCUCUCCGAUGGCGGAGCGGAAGGAUGUCGCUGGUGUCCGGGCUGCUGUCGCACACGCUGGGCAGGGUUCUGUGGCUCUCCGGGCUCCAUAGCGGGUACCAUGCGCAGGGCAGCCCGGCCAUGGAGCAGGACAGAGCGCUCGAGGUGUAUGGUGACUAUCGGGAUAUAAUUCGAACUAUCCGGGAUCCAGAGAAGCCUAACACUUUAGAAGAACUGGAAGUGGUAACGGAAAGUUGUGUUGAAGUGCACGAGAUAGGGGAAGAUGAAUAUCUCGUUAUUAUCAGGUUUACACCAACAGUACCUCAUUGCUCUUUGGCAACUCUCAUUGGGCUUUGUUUGCGAAUAAAACUUCAGAGAUGUUUGCCUUUUAAGCACAAGUUGGAAAUUUAUAUAUCUGAAGGUGCCCACUCCACUGAGGAGGACAUCAACAAGCAAAUAAAUGACAAAGAGAGAGUAGCAGCUGCGAUGGAGAAUCCAAACUUGCGUGAAAUUGUGGAGCAGUGUGUUACAGAACCUGACUAGCAGCUACAGUAACCACAGAGCUAUGAUCAUUUUGAUACAUUGGUUUAAUUAUUUGUAAAACUUCAAGGCCUUGAGUUUAAUACUUACCUUGUUUGUACCUUCCACAUGAUUUUUAAAAGAAACCAUUUAUAAAGCGAAUGUAAAUGAUAAGGAGGAGGCUAGCAUUAUAUAAAAUUAGAUGACGUGUAUAGUGUUCUAAAGAAUUUGUAAUAUUCAUUGUUCAAAGAUAAAUAUUUUAACCAGCUGUAUUGCCUUCUUCUGAUGCACAUUGUGAUACAAAAGCAAUUUUGCAGGUUAAAUUUCCGCUGUGCUCAAAUCGAAUAUGUUUCAAUCACUACACUGUAAAAAAACAAAAAACAAAAAAUUAAAAAAUUGAUUCUUAUAAUGAAAACCACUUCCUGUUUUGAAUGUUUGUGCUCUUGAUUUUACGAACUCUCCUGGCAUGGUAACAGAGAAGUAAACAUUUUGCUCAAGUGUUUUAGUGUUGGUAAAAUGUUUUCUCAUAAAAAUAGAAGCAAAAUGUAAAACACUAGCUGAAGCUCUAAACAUGAAUAUAUUUUAUAAAUGGUGAACAGAUCAAUCGUGUACUCAAAAGUAUUAAAUGAAUACUUCUGCAUUUCUUUAAACUUUUUAUUCUAAUGUCAGCAAGUAAAGCACUUCUUGUAUGGCCAUAAUGUCCAAAUGAUAUUAAUAGAAUGUCAGUGUGAAUUAAUAGAAUUUUUCAGAAGAUUUUAGCAGCAAAUGGAGUGACACAUGCCUAACCACUUCAUUGCUGUUUUGUUUGUUUAUGCAAAUUGUUUGAGCCAUGUUGAUUUCACAUCUGAUCAAAGUUUGGUCAUGGGACUAGCAGAUUUGAUACAGUAGAACUCCACUGAUUCUCUCUCUGCUAAUCUUCAAACCUAAAAGAUCUCCUACCCUUCCUUUCUGCAAAGAUUUAAGAAUGCUGUAGUAAUGCCUGACUAGUAAAACUUU